AUAAUGACCUGCCUGUAGGCUGAUAAAGACUUGCGGUGAGAAAGCAGAACAGUCUAUAACCGCAGAACAUCCGGACCAGAAAUAAUGCACGUAUUCUUUCUUGUAUUGUGUUGUCUCUCUUCUGUCGUGUGUUUUGCUGAUGAAGCGGUUGAGUAUAUUCGGAACGCAGAUUUUGAAAGCACACAUUUUGCCGGGAACUGGAUUUGUGCUGAUUGUACAAUGACGUCAUACACAUCAGACGUUUACCAUGGCAGUAAAUGCAUCAAAGUAACAAACAGGCACCAUUUUUGGUCGGCGCCACAGACAAUUACGCAUGUGACUCCUGGCCAUAACUAUGUCGCCAAGAUGCAUUUCAAGCUGCUCAAUAUGGAGAGUGGCUCAACCACUGUAGAGGUAGAUCUCAUGGCCACGGUGCACACCCAUGGAAGAGAUCACCGAGUGAAGGUCGCGAGAUUACCUUAUCAACAGCUCAGGUACGGGUGGUCAGAGAUUAGCGGGGAUUUCUUCGUACCAGCAGGCUCGACAACUGUGAAACUAUUCCUGCAAGUAGCUAAGCCCUCUAUCAACUACCUCCUGGAUUAUUGUAGUUUACAACAAAUUCCCCACAAUCCACACUGGUAUAGCGACGCUGCUACACGAAUAGCCAGCUUAAGAAAGGCGCCGGUAUCUCUCAGGAUUGCACAUGGAACAAACGCGGAAGGUAUAACAGUUCAGCUAGUUCAGAAAAGACACGAAUUCCCGUUCGGAACUGCUGUGAGAGCCGCUCUGUUGAUAGAUGGCUUACAUCAGGACUACGCAAACUUUAUCUACCACAACUUUAACUGGGCUGUUUUGGAAAAUAUCCUAAAGUGGAGACUAAUGGAGUGGACGCAAGGACAUCCAAAAUUUGAUACGGCUGAAAAGGCAAUUUCUACUUUGAGGUCACAUGGAUUACCUGUACGAGGACACAAUAUGUUUUGGGCUACCGAUGGGCACUCACCGAAUUGGUUAGGAGGAAAGUCGCAGUCCGAUUUCAUCACUGAAAUGAAACGUCAUAUCAGUGACGUAGUGUCACACACUAACGGAACUCUAGAUCAUUGGGACGUUUAUAACGAGGCACUACAUGGGCGUUAUUAUGAGGAGCACUCUGGAGACCCUGAUAUCAUUAAUAAGAUGUUCAACUGGAUUCACGUCGCUGAACCCCAGUCUAAAUUGUUCCUUAAUGACUUUAACAUAGUGAAUUCUAAUAUGUAUACUACAGCUUUGAAAAACCAAGGAUUACAGCUACUUAAAGACGGGAUUCCGGUCGACGGAAUUGGUAUUCAGAGUCAUUUUCAUGGUUCGAAUAUCGACAUGGACGUAUUAAAGUACAGAUUGGAUAAAGUGGCAGAAGCUGGUUUGAAACUAUGGAUAACUGAACUUACGAUUUUGGAAUCAAACAGCACGAAAAAAGCUGCGGCUCUAGAAGAUGUGCUGACUCUUUACUACAGUCAUCCGGCGGUAGAAGGUAUUAUGUUGUGGGGAUUCUGGGAUGGAGCUGCUUUUGAUACCAGGAUAUCGCUGUUUACAGGAUCUAAAAUAACUGCGAAUGCUGCUGGACAGAAAUAUUUAGACUUGGUGAGGAACACGUGGUGGACACAGUACUCACACGACCUAACUGCCGGUCAAAUACUACACACUUCUGUGUUUAGUGGAAGUUAUACGUUAGUUGUUAAACAUAAUGGAAAUAUCAUUCACCAGGAAAAUCUGGUUAUUGACACCACAGGAAAGGAUAUUGCAGUUCACGUUACAGAUGACCACCACGUUUCUCAGAUUGCGUUUGGUUAAAGACAAAUAAAAGGACACCUCGGCGUUAAUAUCUGUAGAAUUAAUGCAGAAUGAAAAUAAUGGGUUAAUGUUU